AGAGCGGUUGCCGCCAUGAUAGAACAGCAGAAGCGCAAGGGUCCAGAGUUGCCGCUGGUCCCGGUCAAGCGGCAGCGGCAUGAGUUGCUGUUGGGAGCCGCGGGGUCGGGCCCCGGAGCGGGGCAGCAGCAGGCGGCGCCCGGAGCUUUGUUGCAAGCGGGCCCUCCAAGAUGUUCCUCCCUUCAAGCCCCAAUCAUGCUUCUCUCAGGACAUGAAGGGGAAGUGUACUGCUGCAAGUUUCACCCCAAUGGAUCCACCUUAGCAUCUGCAGGAUUUGACCGACUAAUAUUAUUGUGGAAUGUGUAUGGUGACUGCGAUAACUAUGCUACAUUGAAGGGACACAGUGGAGCCGUGAUGGAACUGCAUUACAACACAGAUGGCAGUAUGCUCUUCUCAGCAUCCACAGAUAAAACUGUGGCUGUGUGGGAUAGUGAAACAGGCGAGAGGGUUAAAAGGCUGAAGGGACAUACUUCCUUUGUGAAUUCCUGUUAUCCGGCCAGGAGGGGCCCCCAGCUUGUCUGCACUGGCAGUGACGAUGGCACAGUUAAGCUUUGGGACAUCCGAAAGAAAGCAGCCAUCCAGACGUUUCAGAACACCUACCAGGUGUUAGCUGUGACCUUCAAUGACACAAGUGAUCAGAUUAUUUCUGGUGGAAUAGACAACGAUAUCAAGGUUUGGGACCUGCGCCAAAACAAGCUGACCUAUACCAUGAGAGGCCAUGCAGAUUCAGUGACUGGCCUGAGUUUAAGUUCUGAAGGCUCUUAUCUCUUGUCCAAUGCAAUGGACAAUACAGUACGGGUCUGGGAUGUCCGGCCAUUUGCUCCCAAAGAGAGGUGUGUGAAGAUAUUUCAAGGAAAUGUGCACAACUUUGAAAAGAAUCUUCUGAGAUGUUCUUGGUCACCUGAUGGAAGCAAGAUAGCAGCUGGCUCAGCUGACAGGUUUGUGUAUGUGUGGGAUACCACAAGCAGGAGGAUUUUGUAUAAGCUGCCUGGCCAUGCUGGCUCCAUCAAUGAAGUGGCUUUCCACCCUGACGAGCCCAUCAUUCUCUCAGCGUCCAGUGACAAGAGACUGUAUAUGGGGGAGAUUCAGUGACGAUAUGGAGUGGAAGACUCCAGGGCUGCUUGACCUUGAGACCUCAGACGGCAUAAGCGGCAUCAGAUGGUGCCCAGGCCCACAUCCUCCCUUCAGAUGAAGCUCAUUACUAGCAAGAAGCAGUGAGGCGGUGGCCAUAUUCCAACAACCACAUGUAUUCCAUUUCACCAGGGUGAUUAAGGCAAGCUUCCAGUGGCCUCUAAAACCACCUGCCAGAUUUCAGGGACUGUUUGGUUUUUUUCCUUUUUUUUUUUUUUUUUAAAUAAGUUUUCUUCAAAGGGACAGACACUGAUUGGUUUGUGGUUUCCUGUCUUCUAAUCCAGGCUGAAGACAGGGAAUAUGACUGAAAUUUGUUUGUUGGGGACUUUUUUUUAAUUCAAUAACUGGCUUGUAUGAUAUUUUCUUUCUGUAUUUCUCAGUUAUUUUGUAUUAAAAGCCAAAUAGAUGCUUUUUUACAAGA